AUGAAAGUAACAAAAAAUUAGAAAUUAGUGUUAAAUAAUAGGUUUUUGAAUUACAAAGCUAAAGAGGAUUUAAUAAAUUUCUUAGAGUAACCAUAAAAGGAUGUUGAAAUGAGUUAAGCUACUAGAAUUAAAAAAUCAACUAUGAUGAAAAAGAUUAUUGAAAUGUUUGAAAAGAAUACAGGGAUUCUAGAAUUGGAAGCAGAAGAUGCCUUAAUAUCAAGAUUGAUUUCAUCAUAUGAAGUAUAUAAGCGAAAGGGAAUUCAACACGUAAGUGAGAUUUCUAUAAGGAAAGAAGAAAACAAAGCGAUUUUAAGAAUAAAAGUUGUAUUAAACCAAUAAUGA